GGAUGGCGUCCGUGUCUGCCGAAUCCUGACCCGAGACCCGGCAGCUCUUUGGGGGCGCUGUGGAGUUCGGCGGCCCGCCCCACUUUUGCAUUUUCUCUGCAGGACGCUCUCCAGCGGGCCCCCGGGGACCGCGGGGUUGACAGCGGUCACGUUCCCCCCCUUCACCCCGCAGAGCGUCCUGCCUGGCUAGGUUGUCCAGGCGCCGCGAGAUCGGCGGAUCCGGCGCCGGGGGCGGCGUGUUGAGGCUGGCACGCAGGCGGAGGGGGGGACCCAGUGGUGGUUCCCGCCAGAGAGAUUUGGGGGCGAGCGAAUGCCCUGGAAUGUUCUGUAGACUGGGGGGGGCGCGGGGAAGCAGUGGUCGCCCUUGGUCCUCAUCCUCGGGUCUGAGCGGAGCAGGCGUUGCUCCCAGGUAUCGCGGCUGUAGCGGACCCUGGCCCGGCCCUCCGGCUACGGAGGAGCCGAGGCUCAGCCCGUCGCCCUGGGAACCCCGGCUGACCCGGGCGUGGGGCUCAGAGGUCGACCAAGUGAUACCCAAGGUUCAACUGGAACCCUCUCCUCCCCGCACCUACCUCUACUUCAGAUGACUGGGUGAAGUGUUGGGGUGAAAACGGUAGAGACGGGGAAUGAGAACAGCUUCGGACAAUUCAAACUAAGGACACAGCCUAAUGAGUGGCUGGAAUGAGACACCCAGAGACAGACCGACCCUUGGGUGUGUUAGGUGUGCCAAGAAGAAAAUUGUGGACUACACAUUGUCCAUAUUGCUGUAAUUGGCCUAAUCAGAAUAAGCCACUGGCUCUUCUGUUUUUUAGGAGAAAUCUGGCAAAGGAGAAAUCAGGAUAUUUUUGCAGUGAAGGAAAGAGAACUAUUUCUUCCUAAGCCAUUGUUAUUUUUGGGUUUUAAGCUAAGACGGUGGAUAGUUCCAGGGGAAGCUUAAAACAUCCUGCACUUCACAGAUUUUAUGCCUCUCAAAAUUGUCCCGGUCUUGUUGGCUUUUGCAGUUCAGCCCUCAGAUGCCAGCUGCCUCCUGGUUCUAAUAUUGCACCAGGUGUACAUAUGGCAGCAGAGCAAAUAGCCUGAUGAUAUUUUUAGCUUUCUCAGUUGUUCUCAUUUGCUGAAGUCCUGCAGGGUGCUACAAAAAUGGCUGAGUUGGAGCCUGUAAUUUAAGGGAGAUGGAGAAAAGUUAUCAUUUGGAGGCAGUGGGUGGGGAUGAGUUUGAUUGAUUUGCCCUCUCAUCUCCCACCCUCAAUGCACCCCUUCCACUGCUUUGCAGAUGGACUUUAAAUAUGUUUCUUUCCUAAAGAGAUUGAAUUUUAUCACUCUAGAUAUGAUGUUGAGGCAGCUGCCAGUAUAUUUUUAGUCAGAUUCUGUGAUAUCAAAGAGAGUGGUGACUUAGGCAUUUCAGUGUUGCAGCGUUGUUCUUCGGGUUCUGGUUUUUAAAAUGAUAACACUUUGGUUUAGAGAGGCUAAUGGCUUGCCCCAGGUCACAUGCCUUGGCACUGGUGCCACCAAGAAUAGAGUCCAUUUCUCCUGCUUGCCCAGUGGUGGUGCUUUAUACCCUGCUGUCACACGUUGCCCUGGAUGCCACUUGCUUGUGUCCUGCAGCUUGACAUGUCCAUUAGUGGAAAGAGGUAUUUAUCAGAACAGUUAUGGUUGAUAAUUUGUUCAGUGCUUUUCAUGUGCGGAACAUGGUGCUUAGUGUUCAUGAUCCAGUCUUUGAAGGAGAAUUUACAGACAAGGGAGCUGAGGCUUAGAGGCCCAGUGACUCAUCCAAGGUCACAUGUUUACCAGAGGGCCAGACCCCUGGGCGUUUUUUUAUUUCCCCCAUAACCUUUUUGGACCUACUCGUGGUCCUUGACCUUGGGAAUUAAUAUCUUACCUACUUCAAUUCACUGAGUAUGUAAUUUGGGCUCAGAAAAUGUGUGGGGAACAGCCAAACGUGUCUACUUAUAUCUGCAGACAACUCAGUAAAAGCAGGCGUUGUAAAGAUAAAAUUUGCACAACCUUAAACAUUUUAAUUUACAGCAUGGCUGAUUCCUGAGAUUAUUAGAGAUUAUUCAAAGUGAAAAUUCCAGCAACAGGUUAUAACCUGGUAGGAAAUAUUUCUCCAGUGCAGGGCAGAAUCUGCUGCUACUUAAAGACAAACAGGCCAUUUAUACGUGAAGGUAACGCACACCUUCAGUCAUGGUCAUCGCAUGUAAACAGAUUUAUGGUGUAAAUUCCUGUUGUUAGCUUAUCUGACUUUGAAAAAGUCACGGGGAAAACUUGGCUAUCUUGUGCCAACUGCUAGCUUGUUUUCAACAUACUAUGACCUUGAGUAAAUGAGGUCUGAACUUUCUCUAUUUAGAUGCUUUUGUAAGUGAAAAUUUUAAAAACCAUCAUCCCUGAAGUUUAUCUCAUCAGCCCCAUUCUAAAGGCCUGUGAAAUUUUCUGCUUGCUUGAUUCUAAUUGUAAGUACAUUUAAAGAGAAGCAUCCCCAUGCUUUUUUACCGCAAAGCUCUCUGUCUGCAUUAGGAUAAGACUCCGGAGCCGCACUGGAUGUGUUCGAAUCUCAGUCCCCACCGUGACCCUGGACGUGUCACAGAAACUUUGUUUCCUCAUCUCCAAAGUGUAGACGGUAAACUGCACCUCAUGGGGCUGGUGUGAAGACUAGCUGAGUUAACGCAUGUAGUGCACUUCAGCACAGCCGGGCCCAGUAAAGCGAAGCUGUGACUAUUAUGCUGAAAGUCGCCGAACUGCAAGAAAAGUAGGGGCCCCAGAGCCCAUCUAGUUGACACCCCCAUCUUCACUUGCAGAUGGGACGGAGGCCCCCAGAGGGAAGUCACUUACCAGAGUGUGUAGGCUCUUCAUCCAGAGCUCAAGUCUUCUGACUCUUGGGAUAUUUUAAAAAGCCAAGAUUACCUGAAUGAACACUCAGAGGACCUGAGAAAUAAAAUGACACUCAUCCACAGACCGGCUCUCGUUCAAGGCAGGGCGUGGGAGGAGGAACAGAUCCUGGACCUGGGCUCCUCCGUCUACAGAUGAAUGGAAUGGGAGCCUGCGUCCCCUCAGGAGCAGCGCCGCCACCUCCGCUUGGCUGUGCUCCCUUCCCCAGUGAAGAGCUACCAAGGGCAUCCUCCUGCUCAGCAAGAGCUCGACCCUCACCCAGGCCUUCUGCUUCCCAGCAGGCUCUGGUCCCCUUGCUGGGGACGCUUACCCUCCUCUCUGCAGAGCUUGCCGUCUUUGUUCAUGGGCCUUCUCUCGUGCAAGGGAAGUCUCCCUAAGGUGGUCUGCUCUAGAAAGCCCACGCUGACCUGCUUCUUCUCUUCCCCACCAGGACAGUGAGACCUGCCGCUCCGGCCCCCUCUCCAACUUGCCUGAGUGGAGUGGCCCGCACUGACCAGGAGGGAGCUCCCAGUUGGCCCAGCAUGAACUGGAAGGUUCUUGAACACGUGCCCCUGCUGCUGUAUAUCUUGGCAGCGAAAACAUUAAUUCUCUGCCUGGCGUUUGCCGGAGCCAAAGUAUACCAAAGGAAAAAAUUGGAAGCAAAACGGCAAAAACUGGAAGCUGAAAAGAAGAAGCAGUCAGAGAAGAAGGAUAACUAAAGGGAAAUCAAAGGGCAGCACAUUUUCCAACGCGCCACUUCCUCAGGGGGAGCCUGGCCCACAGGAAGGGAGUGGGCAUGUGGUUGUUGGUCCUGAUGAGGACCAAAGUGCUUGAGAUGUGCCCUCAGCCAACCUCUCCGAAGGAGUCAGCGCCACCAACAUCACGAAGGGUCUUCCAGAAGAUGUGUCCACACCUGCAGGGCUGCUGGGCCUUAUCACCCACUGUUUUUUUUUUUUUUUUUUUUUUCUUUUUUGCGAUACGCGGGCCUCUCACCGUUGUGGCCUCUCCCAUUGCGGAGCACAGGCUCCGGAUGCGCAGGCUCAGCGGCCACGGCUCACGGGCCCAGCCACUCCGCAGCACGUGGGAUCCUCCCGGACCGGGGCACGAACCCGCGUCCCCUGCAUCGGCAGGUGGACUCUCAACCACUGCGCCACGAGGGAAGCCCUCACCUACUGUUUAUUUCAUACAAGUGCUGCUCCCAAAAGGUUCCAGGCUGUACUCUCCAUCCUUGCUGUCCACACCACCAGAAGAGACCUCUUAUCCUUAAUUCCCUAACCUAUCGCAGACGGUCUUAAAAGAAAUGCCAGAGAAAAGAAUUUCCUUUGAUCAAAAGACACAUCUUAAGAUGUGUCUACUCUGAUUACAACCCAGUGAUAAAAAGCAAGAAUUUGCCACAAAGAGUGAAAAGGAAAUGAGAAGCAGCUCUAACUGUGCAUGCGCUUGCUGGAAGCCCAGCCUGCACUGCAGUAACAGGAGCUCCAGUUUACUGAACGCUGAGUCGGGGCUGGUCAUGAUGUAGUGGCUUGGUGUGUGCUAAGUGUUUAAGCCCUCAACUCUAGUUUACGAAUGAGUUCGUUGAGCCUCAGGGAGUAACUUGUCCAAAGUCUCAUAGUUACCAAGCUGGAAACUUGCGAUUCUAACGAGAUCCAUCCGAUUCCCAGAAGCCCGUGUACUUUCCACUGUGUUCUCCUGGAAGUUUCCAUGCUUGGCAUAAAGCAGAAUUUCUUAAUUAUGAGUACAAUAUUAUGUAACUCAAUUGCACAUUACCCGUGGCCCUUUGAUCUCUGGUUAUACCAAUGUUCUCUUUUUCCCUACUUGCUUUCUAAUGAUUGAACAAGGCCUCGAAGGAAUACAAUCCUAAACUCGUUUUAUUAGAUCGUCUCGGUUUUCCCAGAAAAAUAGCUCCUGUCGGUCUAUCUUGUUCAUCUGAUAACCCAAAAACCUCCCAUUUUUUUUCUCACUGCAAAAUAGUGUGUCUUUGAAAAGUACCUGCCUCUAGCUCAAUAUUGUGCUGAAGUACGUUUUGUUGUGUCCAGUUGGAGGCAGCCACUUUGCCAGCUGAUUGUCUGAUGUCAGAGGCAAGCCUUACACCGUGUUUCAAUAACCAAGCCAAGCAUGGCGGCUGGGCACACGGGCUUAGGCUCUGACUAGCCUGAGUGUCGCAGUCUCCUCAUCUGUAAAAUGGGAAAGUGAUAGGACCUACCUGAGAGGUUGUUUUGAGGGUGAACUGAGCUGCUCGUUAGUAGAGAGGCUGUGUGAAUAACAGUUCUACCUGGGAACUCUGGAUUUGAACCUCAGCUCUUCUGCACUGGAGCAAGUUACGUAUCUCUCUGUGCCUCAGUUUACCCUUCUGAGAAAUGGAGACAAUGGUAGUUCCUACAUCGCAGACUGUUGUGAGGAUUAAGUGAGUUAAGCGUGUAUAGCUGUUAGUGGUUGUCACUACAGAACUCUGGACAGGUGUGAGAUAAAUGCGACGUAGGGGCAAAACGCACUCACAUCCCAAACGCAGGCCACCGACACUGAAGUCACCAAGGAGGUCUGAGUCCUGUUAACUUACCCUUAAGGAACAUAAAUUCUGAAACAUACAUGAAACAGGUAGCGAAAAAAACCACACAAAAGUACCAUGCAGUGGACUUCCCUGGCGGUCCAGUGGUUAAGACUCCCCGCUUUCAUGGCAGGGGGUGCAGGUUCGAUCCCUGGUUGGGGAACUAAGGUCCCUCGUGCAGCGAAGCAUGGCCAAAAAAUAAAAAAUUUUUUUAACAAAAUAAAUAAAAGGUUUAAAAAUAAAAGUACCACACAGUGAGAGCCAUUUCACCAGGGGUAACUGUGUUACCCCUGGGAAAUGUGCUGGGAAGUGAAGUAUUUCAGUGGGAAAUGCAGUAUUUCAGCUGGCAGAAGAAAACCUUCUUUAGAACCUGUGCUCAGCUGAAUAAUGGUCCCUAAAUGUAUCCAGGUCUGAAUCUCUGGAACCUGAGAAUGUUACCCUAUAUGGAAAAAGAAUCUUUGCAUGUGUGAUUAAAUUAAGGAUUUUGAGAUGGUGAGAUGAUUCUGGAUUAUCUGGAUGGGACCUAAAUGCAGUCAUACGUGUCCUUAUAAGAGGGAGGCAGAGGGAGAUUGGACACAGAAGAGGAGAAAGUAAUGUGGCCACAGAAGCAGAAAUUGGAGUGAUGUGGCCACAAGCCAAGGAAGGCGGGCAGCCACCCAGAAGCCACAAGAGGCCAGGAAUGGAUUCUCCCUUAGAGCCUGUGGAGGGAGCGUGGCCCUGCUGACACCUUGAUUUUGGCUCCGCGGAACUGAUUUCAGACUUCAGGCCUCCAGGACUGGGAGAGGAUACGUUUUUGUUGGUUUAGUGCACCAAGUGUGUGGUAGUUGUCACAGCGGCCACAAGAAACUCAUACUGCACGGUCGGCUGUAAAGUGGGAGGUGCAGCUGAGAGUGUCUGGUUCCCAGUGGUUGGAGGUGGUAAGUGUGAUUCAUCUGCAGAUAAAAUGCAUAAAAACAGGAUGCUGCAGAAGUCCACCGCUUAGUUGCUGAAAAGCACUGAACAUCUGUUUUCUGACAAAGUGUUUCUAAAUAAUCCAGGGAGUUUCAGGAAGGAAUUAGGGCAGAAGACAAGCAAAGAAUCUGAUUUUUCUGUGCUUGGCUAGUGGAACCUGGCCUCACCAUCUGAUAUAUAGGCAAGUCUGUUGGGAGUUGGUAGCAAUUUUCAGACAUUGUUUUUGACAUACCCCAGACUAAUUACUUCUGCUAUAAAAUUACUGCCUGAGCAUACAUAAACAAGAGUGAAUUUUGUGAUAUGUUUAAUAGGAGGCAGGGAUUUUUUUUUUUAUAAAAGUGAAAAAUACCACCACAAACCCUUACAGCCACCAUUAGCAGCAGCCCCAGACUUUAGGGUGCCGUUAGCCACAGGUGGCUCAGCAACCAGGGCCCCGAGGUGCAACUGCAUGACAGGCUAGUGACCUCCCGUUGGGAUUCUUGGAAUUGGAAUGGGAGACGGAUUGGAUAAGUGGGUUCUGUAGACCGUCCUGUUUACGUCACCUGUUCACCCACCAAGUCCCACUUGAACCAAUCACUGUCAUAGCUUUCCAGGUUCCUUAUGGGGACCACCAACUUGCCUGGAGGAUCUGGUUGGGGUUUAACUUCCUUGGAUGUCUCUUGCUCACCCUCUGCCUCCUUGCUUUCAAGCAAUGGAAGGGAAAGAGCCUGUUCAGCCACCAUCUGGACCACAUCUGUUGAUGGCAAGCCGGCUCCCUGUGGAUUAUUUUGGUGGACUGAAACCGGUAGGCACACUAGUUAAUUUCAAUUUUUUGUGAGCACACUCUUGGUUCUCUUUUUUUCCUCACACAACAUUUAGCUCUGUUCAUCUCUCUCACUUCCCAGCUCCUUUGGGCUUGGUUAACUCUCAUCCUCUCACUGACAUAAUAGCCCUCAGAGUGGCCUUAACCAGAUGAAAGUCAAGAUCACUAAUUUACCAACAAGAUUUAAUGAAACCUUCAGCAAACCAUAAGCACUUUGCCAAUGCCCUUAGGGAGCAGUCCUCACAGCAUCUCUGUGAGGUCAUUGUUGGAGUAUCUUUGGCUGCAGUGGUCCAGAAUCAAACCCAACAGAAUUGGUAAAGAUCAUGCCCACAGCACGGCCCUGCUGUUAGAGGAAUCGCACUUCAGAAAAUUUACCAAGAUAGUAGUUUUCCCAUCUUUGUACUUUGUUAGUUAGUGUUCUCCAUUUGCUUGGGUUCAUCCUUUCAAUCCCUUUGCUAAUUAAAUCACUGAAGAGUAUAUACUUGUAAGAAUAGACACCAUCAGUGGACUGCAAACAAAACUCCUUUCUGUAAUUGAUGAUAAACCAUUUCAGAGAAGACCAGGCUGAGUCUAGAGGGUUCAGAUAACUGUAAGCGGAAGGCAGAGAGAGUAGUUCAUGGCCAUAGGACUUGGCCACCUGUGGACAACAUGUGAUGUUCGUUAAGUUAAGGACUGAUGGGACAUGGACCUGGGCCUCGGAUUCUGUGUCUUCGUUUGGCUUCAUCUCAUCCUGCUGCCUUCUGUCUUUGACCACAAUGGUGCACUUCCCGUAGGUCUUCUUUGCCACAUCACAGAACUCAGAGAAGAGGCUGUCUUCUUGUUUGAUGCAUAACUCAUCCCUUAGGAACAUCCGAUAUUUCCAAGGCAUCCAUCCUUGACUACCACCAGCAUGCACAAUACACCAAGUUGGAGUUGGCAUGGAAUAGCCAUCACUAAAAUCUUCCCCUGUUACAAGACUCUCAGGGAUAUAAGUUUCCCCCAAAUAUACAGUUGUAAACCCAUCAUAUUGCAGUGUUCUCAGGGUUUUCAAAUACUGGAGACAUUGCUUCCUCUUCAUGCUGUUGAAUAGAUUUCUGAUAAUAAUGUUUCUUAAAAGAGGUUUUGCAAAGUGAGGCAUGGUAUCUCUUCAAGUGUUUUUCAAAGCUUGAGUGUCUCCAUCUGCAGUGAUCUGGCAAGAGUGGGAUGAUGACCUCAUAAAGGGCUUUCUUACAGCUGAGCUGGUCCCAUAGAUACACUUGAGAUUUCAAAGCAUCAUGAAACACACACUCAGAACAAUUCCUUUCUGGCUUGUAUGACGUGGGAAUGGGAAUGGCAAGCCAUCCAAGAUGUUACUUUGACAUUGCAUCUGUAGUAGGUCUGGAGAGAGAUUGGCAAUUGUAUUAGUUUGCUAAGGCUGCCGUAACAAAAGAGUAGAAAUUUAUUUUUUCACAGUUCUGGAGGCUAGAAGCCCAAGAUCAAGGUGUCAGCAGGUCUGGUUUCACCUGAGACCUUUCUCCUUGGCUUGCAGAUGGCCACCUUCCCCCUAUGUCCUUAUUUGGCCUUUCCUCUGUGUGCCCACGUGUCUCUGUCCUAACCUCUCCUUAUAAGGACACCAGUCCUGUGGGAUUAAGCCCCACCCAUAUGACCUCAUUUUACCUUAAUCACCUCUUUAGAGACCCCAUCUCCAAAUAUAGUCACAUUCUGAGGUCCUGGGGGUCAGGGCUUCAACAUGAGAUUUGGGGGAGACACAAUUCAGCCCCUAAAGCAACCUUUUAACAGUGAUGAGCCAAGUUCCUCACUCAUUUCCAUUUGGGUCAUGAGGAUGAAGUGUAAUAUAUUUGUUCAUUCAACCAUUCUGAGCACCUACUAUACACCAGGCAUUGUGCCAGGCCCCAAGGGUACCAGUCAUGAUGUGUCCGGUGGGGCCUAGACACAUAUAUGGUUUAUGUCUGUGUACACAUGGACUUUGUGCCUGCUGCCUGUCCACUUUCACAAUCAAGAGUGGUUUUUCCAGGUGGCAGAAAAUGUAUGGCGAACAGUGAAAGAAAGUCAGCCUGCAUACCUGUCUUUCACUGGGGCUGCCAAUUCUUGAGCUAAUUCAAUACCCCGUCUACAAAGGACUUUAGUUUUAUAUACUCAAGGCAAAAUGACAGUUUACUUCAAACUCUAGCAGCCUCUUUAAUUUCCUUUGUAUUUUCUUGUCUCCUUAAAGAUCUUUCAUAAAUGUGAAUAAUGGGUUCCCUCAAAUGAAGAUGUGGACAAACUGAUUUAUUGGGUCCUUUUCUCUACUGUUGAAUGGAUGAAGAUUUUCUUGCCACAAAGUUUUCUUGGGACUCAAGUUUAGGCAAUGCCAGACAGUAAGACUAACCUAGCAUAGUAAAGUUAACAUGAAACCUGUGCUCUCCAAGCAACUUUCUCAGAGGCUAGAAUCAGUGGGUCUGGGUUGAUAACUGUGGCCAUUUUCUCUUAGAAUUUUUCUUCUGGUGGCAGGAACCAUUUUCAGACCAAAUUUGAUAUGGAUGCUAAAUAUGUAGAAGUGUGGCUCCUUGGUUGAAGUGGUAAUGGUGGUCCUAGAGCCCCCCCCGUUCAGACACCCCUUUCUGCCUCCUCUCCCACAGGCCCCUGUGGCCUGGAGCGAUGUGAAAACAUUAUAUAAUACAAUGAAGUCAAUUCCAAGACACAAUUCUUUGCUUCUCUCUCAUCCAAUCUUCAGUUAUGUAUGGAUAUGAGAAACAUGCUCAGAAGUGUAGAAGAAAAUGUAUAAUGUUACCUUUGUGUAAAUAUAUGUGUGUGUAUAAAUGAUAAAGGAUAUACAUACUUGCUUGCAUUUUCAAAUAUAAACAACAGAAGAAUAAACCUAACACUAAUUAAAAAUGCUUGCCUAUAGGGGAAGGGAUAGAACAGGAGGGAGGAAAAAAAGUGAGAAAUCUUUUCUGAAUGUAUCUUGUUUUAUAGUUUUGACUAGAAAAUGUAAACAUUUCACAUUUUUUAAAAAAAACAAGAGUAAAAAAAGAAAACUAAAACACAAUGAUCUCUAAAAUAUGCAAGAAAAUGGAAACUAAUGAACCUCACUGCUUAUCGUGUCAGAAACCAAAACAAACAAACAAACUCAGUAGCAAUGUAUACUCUACCCUCCAGAUUAUGGUCUCUCAAUAUUAUUUCCUACAGAAGGAAUCAGGGGUCCUUUGCUUGUAGGUCUGGGGAAGGAAAUGUGCAAGAUGAGCUUGGGACAUCUUGUCCAGCCUGACAGAAAGGAAGCCAACAAAGACCACAAGCAUCCACCCUCACUGGCCCAGGGAGAGGCCAAGCCUGCAUCCGGGCAGGACCAAGAAGUAGCCUGCCAGGCAGUAAAGUGGGUGGGGUCUGGACUCAAGCAAAGCAUUGCACCAUGGGCGGCCAGAGGAACUCAGAGAACCCUUCCCUUCACUCCUUCCCCUGAUGCUAUGCCUUGUGGCUUUCCCCUUCUUGACUUCAGGUUCUGUUGGGAGAUACUAAGGACUUGGGAGAAAGAACAAAGCUUCACCUGGGUCACGUCCCACUUUGGAGAAUGUGCAGGGUGGCAGAAGGACCACCAGGAGGCAGUAGGUAUAUGUCUCCUUGAUGACUUAUAAGGCAACACCUUUUAAGUACCUCCCAGGACUCAAGAUAGAACCUUGCUUUUCCAGAAGCCUCACACCCCACACCCCUUCCCAGUCACAACCUUCUCCCUUGGCCCUAAGAGUCACUACUAUCUGCUUUUCUAGAAAACACUUCUGUACUUCUUUCUUCUCCACUGCCUGGGUAACGGAUAUUCUAAGGUAGAAUGCUGUCACAUGCUUAAUUCAUUGAAAUUCAUUUUGUAUAAUUGGGAGAUCAAGUUUGUUCGGUUCAAAGACGGAGAGUAACAGAAAUCUUAACUCAGUGUGUAAGUAUUAGUGUGGUUCUGUUGGCACACCUGCCACAAAUUGUGCUUGUCACCAAAAAGGGGGAAUGUUUGGAAACUGGUUUCACCAACCGUAACCUCCCCCCACCAAAUCCCAUAAACUAAAAGAGUUGCCGCACAUAUACACAGAUGUAUGUUUACAUGUGCUACUUCAAGUCUUAUUGCACAAACUUGGUUGUGCAGGAAACAUUAUGCUAAUUUUAUUUUUGAAUUUAAUUUUUUUUUUAUACAGCAGGUUCUUAUUAGUUAUCUAUUUUAUACAUAUUAGUGUAUAUAUGUCAAUCCCAAUCUCCCAAUUCAUCCCAC